GCUAGGGCUAGCCACCGCGAAUCCGCACUUCACACCGGGGCUCGCAGCCAUCCGCAAGCAUGGCCAACGCCUCUGCGCCGCCGAGGCGGGUCUUGGAUACCGUGCAGCGGGAGAACUUUGCCGACUUGGUGGAGCCGUCGCGCCGGAGCUUGGUGAAAGUCUUGGAGUUCUCCUUCGAGGGCCAGUCCAUCAGCCCCAAGGAGGUGGAGGUCGUUCUCUUUGACAUCUACUCAUUGGAUAGCUUCGCGGCCGCCUGUGCUGCGCGAAGCUUCCUGGGUCAGGGCGUUCAUUACGAAGGAGUGACGCGAAAUGGAUACAAAGACAUCGUGGACACCAACCUGGAGGGUAAGGUUGUGGCAAUGCUCGGGGUGUGCUGGAAGUACAUGGAGAUGAAGGAGCUGAUCCAGGCUGAGAACAAGAUUCUGGUACUGGAUUCGCAAGAGGACUCGCUGACAGAGGAUGACAUCAAUGAGUUGGGCCAGUACGGCAGCUGGAUCAUGACGCAGCCCCACUUCGGCGCUGGGGUCAUGGCUUGGGAAUUCUUCAACCGGGGCAAGAAGGUGCCUUUGAUCCUGCGUGCAAUCGAAGACGCACACCUUGGCCGCCGCGUUUUCAAGGAUGCAGAUGCUUUGGAGGAUGGCAUCGAUGCGCUGCUGGAGGACGUGGAUAUCACCGCCCAGAUCCGGGAGCUGAACAGAGCCGUGGUGUUCAAGGACGAGCUCUUUCUGAAGUUCGAGGAAGUGCUCAAAAGCAGCCAGUUGGCGCGGGAGCGGGUGCAAGCAGCGAUCAGCAAAGGCAGUGGGCGAAGAGCAGAGAUCUCCAAGCACCAGCAAGCCAGCAGCUCCGGGGUAGUCCGGGUGUUUCGGCACUUCCCGGCCUGGAAGUGCAACGUGGUGAUCGCUCAGUCCAAGUUCGAGGGCCGCAUUGCCGAGCGCUUGGCACAGGAUCUGGCCCAGAGGUGUCCAGGCUCGGAGGAGCGGUGCCUGGGCAUCGUCAUGGACCUCUCCCAGACCGGGGUCCGCGUCACUCUGCGGAGCCUCGACGGAGGCCCGCCGGUGGCUCAGAUCGCGCGGCACUUUGGCGGCUGUGGAUCCGCCAUGCGGGCCUUCUUUAAGAAGAGCAGCGGCAGUAUCGAGAGCAUGUUUGAGCAGCCAGAGGUGAUGCUGCGCGACGUGGCAUGUCUGCACUAUGGACUGGGAGUGAAGGCGCUCUCGUGCGUCUGCCUGUCGCUGAGCGCGGGGGACCUGGUGACGGUGAUGCGGCGCGGGGAGCACCACAAGGAGAGCCCCAUGGACGACUGGUCCUGGGGCUUCAAAGUGCAUGAGCCCCACAAGGAGGGCUGGCUGCCUACCCUCUCCUACUCGGUCUAUGUGGCGAUCUUCGACAAGCCCAGCCCCGGACAAGGCGUGGAAGAAGUCAAGGAGGGGGACCUUGUGGUGGCCAAAGUGCAGCGGGGGAGCUAUGCCUAUGGCAGCCGCCUCCCGCGUGGGCCAAUCGAAGCGCUGGAGAAGUCUUGGUUUCCAUUCGACGAGGACCUAUUCAAGCGAGUGCAUCCCAGCAGCGUGGCUGCCAUUCUGGAGGAGGCAGGCUUCUUUACGAGGAAAGACAUCUUCGCCUGAGAUGGCCCUUGCGCAGAG